AUGCGUAAUUUCACGGUUUUGUAUUUUGGAGUUGGAGGGAAUGAGCGUAGCUCCUCGAAGUUUCAUGAAGAUCCCGAAUUGCUGAUAUUUACACAGUUUUGUGAAAUAGUAACGUAUGGAAAACAAGCCGUUUUGGCCCCUUACCGUAUACCUACCAUAAACUUACCGUAUACCUACCGUAACCUUUGUAUGCGCUAUCUUUAUGAUUUUUUGCUCCUAGCCCAAAUGCCGGGAGUGUUCAAGAACUUCAAGUUCACCAAAAUGGAUAUGGGCGACAUCCCAUGCCGAGUUGGAGGCAUCAAGGUGUAUACAUCAAAUGUGGGCAGAGAUCGCAUAAUAGUGGAUAUGGACGUCGCAUAUGCUGGUGAUGCAGACUUUACCGUAUCCUGCUGUGGAUUUACUGGCGGUAUGACCAACCUACAGUUUUCCGGAAAAUUACGUGCUGUGCUCAAACCUUUACUACCUUAUCCGCCAAUGAUUGGUGGUGUCUCGGGAUCAUUUCUUGAAAUGCCGAAAAUUGAUUUCAAUCUGACAGGAAUGGGUGAGAUGGUUGAAUUACCUGGUCUCAUGAAUGCCAUCAGAAGUGUUAUAAACAGUCAGGUAUGAAU